AUGGCCGAGUCUUUCUUCUCUGACUUUGGGUUGUUGUGGUACCUGGAAGAGCUUAGAAAGGAUGAGUUCUGGAAAUUCAAGGACCUCCUCAGGCAAGAACCUCUGAAGUUUGAACUGAAGCCAAUCCCCUGGCCAGAACUGAAGAAGGCUUCCAGAGAAGAGGUGGCCAGGCUGCUGGACAAGCACUACCCAGGAAAGCAGGCAUGGGAUGUGACACUCAACCUGUUCCUGCAGGUUGGACGCAAAGAUCUCUGGACUAAGGCUCAAGAAGAGAUGAAUACGGUAAACCCAUACAGAAAGCUCAUGAAGGAAAAAUUCCAUCUCCUCUGGGAAAAAGAAACUUGUCUUACUGUCCCUGAACAUUUCUACAAACAAACCGUAAGGGAUGAGUACAGGGUAUUGCAGGAGGUGUUCACAGCGGAGGGGACAGUGCCCCACACGGUGGUUUUGCAUGGUGCUGAGGGAAUGGGGAAGACAACACUUUUAAGAAAAGUGACAUUGGAAUGGGCAGAGGGAAACUUCUGGAAGGACAGAUUCAGGUUUGUAUUCUUCCUCAAUGUCUACGAGAUGAACCAUUCCGCAGAAACAAGCUUAGCAGAGCUCCUCUGUGGGGAAGGAUCUCUAGACACUGUGGAGGAUGCACUGUCCCAACCGGAGAGAGUCCUGAUCAUCCUGGAUGGCUUCGAGGAAAUGAAAUUUGACUUGAACCCCACAGCCGACUCAUGUGAUGACUGGCGACAGCGACGGCCAAUACAAAUUAUCCUGGGCAGUUUGCUGCUGAAAAAGAUGCUUCCGGCUACCUCUCUGCUCAUCGCAUUAGGGAUAGAGACCAUGCAUGGGAACUAUGUAUUCCUGCACCACCCAAAGCCCAUAAUUCUGCCAGGAUUCUCCCAGCAUGAGAGGAAGCAGUAUUUCUUCCACUUCAUCCCUGAGAAGAGCAAAGCCUUGAAAGCCUUUAAUUUUGUGAAAGAGGUUAAACCACUGUUAACAUUAUGCCAAAACCCCCUGGUUUGCUGGCUGGUGGGCACUUGCAUAAAGGGGCAGCUAGAGAGGGGGGAAGCCCUUGCUGUUGACUCUCAAAGCACCACUGCUCUGUAUGUGUCCUUUUUAACAAGUUUAUUCAAAGCAGGAAGUGGGAAUAAUCCACCCAAGCUGAGUAGAGUCCGACUAAAAAGCCUGUGUACUUUGGCCGUGGAGGGCAUGUGGACACACACGUUUGUCUUUUGCCCUGGGGAUCUCAGGAGGAGUGGGAUGUCUGAAUCUGACAUCUCCAUGUGGGUGGCCAUGAGGCUUCUCCAGAGGAAUGGUGACCGCUUGACCUUCCAUCACCUAUAUAUCCAACUGUUUUGUGCUGCUUUGUUUUAUUUUUUCCAACAUCCAAAAGAUGAUCCCAACCCAGCCAUUGGAAGUGUCACCCAGCUUAUAACAGCAAGUAUGAUUCACAAUCAGACCCACCUGACCCAGCUGGGGAUAUUUGUCUUUGGAAUUUCAACCAAAAAAAUCAUCAACAUGCUGGAAACAUCCCUUGGUUUUCUCCUGUCCAAAGACAUAAAGCGGGAGAUAAUCCAGUGCCUGAAAGAUUUAAGUCAACGGGGGUCUGAGGAGGAGACGGUGGAUUUCCAAGACUUGUUCAAUAGUUUAUUUGAAACCCAGGACCAAGAAUUUAUAAUAGAAGUGAUGGAUCUCUUUGAAGACAUCAUUGUUUAUAUUGGUAACAUGGAAAAGUUGGUAGUAGCUUCAUUCUGCGUACAGCAUUGUCGAAAUUUGAAGAAACUCCGCCUGUGUAUAGAGCACAUCUUUCCAGAGGUCUCUGGACCCAGCUCACGCCACAAUGAGAAGCUCAUGUGUUGGCGGGAACUUUGCUCCGUGUUCCAUGCCAGCAAGGACAUCUGGAUGCUAGACCUGGAAAACUGCAGCUUUGACAAUGCCUCCAUGGAGAUUCUCUGCAAAGCACUGGCUCAGCCCAUUUGCAAAAUUGAACUGUUGGCGUUUACUUUUAUAUCUCAUUAUGGAAAUUAUUCAAACUUUUUUAAGGCCAUUCAUAACCCUCACCUGAAACAUCUGAACCUGUAUGGCACCAGCCUCUCCCUUACUGAUGUGCAGCACCUGUGUGAGAUGCUGAAGGACCCAGCCUGCAGUGUGGAGGAGCUCAUAAUAGGGAAGUGUGACAUCCAAAGUAAAGCUUGUGAAGAUAUUGCCUGCGUCCUCACCUGCAACAACAAGCUGAAACGUCUCUCCUUGGUAGAAAACCCCGUGAAGGAUGAAGGAGUGAGGGAGCUGAGUCAUGCCCUAAUGAACCCAAACUGCGUCCUGGAGGGGCUGAUGUUAAUGAGCUGUGGUCUCACCUGUGCCUCCUGUGAAUACCUUUCCAAAGCCCUUUCAUGGAAUAAAUCUCUGUCCCUCCUUGAUCUGGGGUCCAACCUUCUGAAAGAUGAUGGAGUGGCAUCUCUGUGUAAGGUGCUGAAGCACUUACGCUGUGGCCUGCAGGAGCUGUGGUUGCCUGGUUGUUUCCUCACUUCUGCUUCCUGUGAGGACAUCGCUGCUGUUCUUAUGUCCAAUGGAAAACUAAAGACCCUGAAGCUUGGCCACAAUGGAAUUGGAGAUGAUGGUGUCAAGCAGCUGUGUGAUGCUUUGAAGCAUCCUAACUGCAAACUGCAGUGUCUUGGGCUGCAGAUGUGCCAGCUCACAGGUGCCUGCUGUGAGGACCUCGCCUCAGCCCUGACCAUUUGCAAGACGCUAAGGAGCCUAAAUCUCGACUGGAUCACACUGGACCACGAUGGGGUAGUGGUGCUGUGUGAGUCCCUGAGCCACCAAGACUGCGCCUUGCAGAUGCUUGGGCUGGAAAAAUCAGCAUUGGAUGAGGAAACUCAGAUGCUGCUGACUUCUAUGCAAGAGAAGCUUCCCCACCUGCGCAUUUCUCACCAGCCAUGGGUCGACGAGGAAUAUAAGGCCAGGGGCAUGAUCCUCUGA